AUGGUUGAGAGUGGUGAGAUGGUUGUGUGUGUUGGGAUGGUUUGUGGGUAUUAUGUUUUUGGAAGAAUGGGGGUAGAGGGGGGGGUGGGGGGUGUUUUGUUUUUGGUUGGGGGAUGGGAUAGGGGUGUGUUUGAGGGGUGGAGGAUGUUGUUGUGUUGUUGGUGGUGGUUGGUUUUUGUUUUGUGGGUGGUGGGUGUGUUUGAGGGGGGUGGGUUUGGGGGGAGUGGGGGGGGGUUGGGGGGGGGGGGUUGUUGGAGUUUUGAGAAGUGGGUGUGGUUUGAGAGUAUUUUUUGGGGGGUUGUGGAUGGUUGGGUGGGGGGGGGGGAUGGUGUGGGUGGGUGGGGUGUUGUUGGGUUAGGGAUUUUUAAGGGGAUGGGUGUGGGGAUAUGGUGUGAUAUUUGGUGGUGGAUGGAAUGGGUUUGGUUGGUUGUGGUUGGUUUAGGUGGUUGUAUUUGA